CGUCACGAUCUUAUCCCACCCCUCGACGUUCGUUUAAUAAAUGAUGCGAUUGCUACGUUUUAGUUUAUUGCAAAAUGAUGUAUUCUUGUAGUCAGCGCUUUCGCUGUCACUUUACAGCUAUGGGCCAGUCUCCCCUGACUUUACCUCCAGGUCUAUAUAAAGGGUGAGAAUCACUUCUCCCCUCCUCGCAGUAUUCAAGCUUCAAACUUUCGACUUUUUGCUUUACAAUCUAACUCAUUCUCACGAAUCAUGUCUUCUGGCCAAUCUUACCACCCUACCGAACACGGCGGCGUCAAGAAGGACGGUAACCCCGACCGCCGUGUAAAAGGCGAGCACGUCUCCAGUGAGACUGAACCUGCGGAUCGGACUCACUCUGCUGGGCAACAGCAUAGCGACAUUUAUAAACCAACUGAGCAUGGGGGAGUCAAGAAAGAUGGUACGCGCGACAGGCGUGUGAAGGACGAAAAUGUCACCGAAGAGGAUGCAUAGUUACAAAAUUAAAGAAAAAGCUUUGAAAAUGUGUAAAACACCGCUGUGAAAAUAAACACUAUUCAACAGAGUAGCUUUUUUUGGAACA